AUGCCGAGAGAACCUUUUGUGCUUGGAUCGGAGCCACUGACCGAAAUUCAAUGUAGAUCAAAAGUUGGACUCUGUCGCUGGGACAUUCAGUCCAUCUACGAUUCGUUCAUUCAUUUCGAUGGUGAAUUGGUACUGGCAUAUGUCAGAGAGUCAAACUGGCCAUCAGGUACGAAUUUGCAACACGAUCUUGGCGAGCAAUACUUUCAAGUGCAGAUUUCGCAAAAUAUACACAAUUGCUUUGUGCCAGCGAAACGUGAAAAAAUCUAUAGUUCUUGGGAUUGUUUAAGACCAUGUAGUGUUAAGCUAGUUGUUAAUCCGAUUAUCGCUGCCUAUAUUCGUACCAUCACCGUUAUCAUCGUCAUCACCACCACCACCAUCAUCAAAAUUAUCACUGGCCAUACGAGCAAGCAACUAUAUACCGCCAGGAACAGUGAGAAUGUGGGAAGUGUAUAG